UUUGGGGUUUUGUCCCUGGUGUUCGUAACGGAGAUUUAAUUGGUCAGGCUCGAGCGGCGAUUGUAUCACUUCAAGUGUUGGACUGGGUUGUCGACGUGGGAGCUGCAGAUUUUUGCGGUUUUCAUGAAAUCCUGCGGAGUGUCGAUUGCUACCCCUACUGGUGCUACGGAUAAUGACGCUGAGGCAAAGAAAAUGGCGGCUGAUGCAGCGACUGGGGAAAGUGAAGAUAGCUCAGUUACUCUGACAGAGGAAGAAAGGGAGGCGCUCCGUGGUUUAGACAGCUGUCUGUUCGGGUUCGUGAGCCUUCACGAAGAUGGCGAGGGUGCCAAGACGAGGACCCUGCUAGACAAGGCUAUACACUGCUAUGAAUCUUUAAUUUUAAAAGCUGAAGGAAAAAUAGAGUCUGAUUUCUUUUGUCAGUUAGGCCACUUCAACCUUUUAUUGGAAGACUAUUCAAAAGCAUUAUCUGCAUAUCAGAAAUAUUACAAUUUACAAAAGGACUAUUGGAAGAAUGCUGCAUUUUUGUAUGGACUUGGUCUGGUCUAUUUCUACUACAAUGCUUUUCAUUGGGCAAUUAAAGCAUUUCAAGAUGUGCUUUAUGUUGACCCCAGCUUUUGUCGAGCCAAGGAAAUUCACUUACGACUUGGACUAAUGUUUAAAGUGAACACAGACUAUGAAUCUAGUUUAAAGCAUUUUCAGUUAGCUUUGAUUGAUCGCAAUCCUUGUACUUUGUCCAGCUCUGAAAUUCAGUUUCACAUUGCCCAGCUGUAUGAAACUCAGAAAAAGUAUCACUCUGCUAAAGAAGCCUAUGAACAACUUUUACAGAAAGAAAACCUUCCUGUACGAGUAAAAGCAACUGUGCUACAACAAUUAGGCUGGAUGCAUCAUAACAUGGAUCUGGUAGAAGAUAAAGCCACCAAGGAAAGUCAUGCUAUUCAGUAUCUUCAGAAGUCAUUGGAGGCAGAUCCAAAUUCUGGCCAAUCCUGGUACUUCCUUGGAAGGUGUUACUCAAGUAUGGGAAAAGUUCAGGAUGCCUUUAUAUCUUACAGACAAUCUAUUGAUAAAUCAGAAGCAAGUGCAGAUACUUGGUGUUCAAUAGGUGUGCUUUAUCAACAGCAAAAUCAACCUAUGGAUGCUUUACAGGCAUAUAUUUGUGCUGUACAGUUGGACCAUGGGCAUGCAGCAGCUUGGAUGGACCUAGGCACUCUGUAUGAAUCCUGCAAUCAACCUCAAGACGCCAUUAAAUGCUACUUAAAUGCAGCUAGAAGCAAAAGUUGUAUUAAUACCACUUCACUUGCAGCAAGAAUUGAAUUUUUGCAGGCUCAGUUGUGUAACCUUCCACAAGGUAGUCUACAGAAUAAAACUAAAUUACUUCCUAGUAUUGAGGAGGCAUGGAGCCUACCAAUUCCCGCAGAGCUAACCUCCAGGCAGGGUGCCAUGAACACAGCAUUGCAGAAUGGUUAUGAUAACUGGCAUGGUGACCAGCCUAUUUCACAUUCAGGACAGCAACAAGUUCACUCUUGGCAUUUGACACCACAGAAAUUGCAGCACUUGGAACAACUGCGUGCAAAUAAAGAUCACCUGAAUCAAGCACAGAAAUUGAUGCUGGAACAGUUGGAAAGUCAGUUUGCCUUAAUACAGCAGCAAAUAAGACAGACAAGACUUGCUCAAGUACAAACUGCUGGAAUUCCUAAUGGACCAAUAGCUGAUUGAUCACUGCCUACAAACUCUGUCUCUAGUCAGCAACCAUAUGCUGCUGCUCUGACCACAGUACCUACUGUCUCUCAGCAUACAGUCCACCCUACUUUUCUUAAAAAGCAUGUGUCCAAUGCAUCUUUUCCUACAGAUUAUUUCCAUUUUCACACAUCAGAAACUCUAGGGAGUACUGACACUAGUUUGAUAGGCAAUAAUUCUAUAACAGAAAGUGGAAGUAAUGGAAAUAUGCCUUACCUACUGCAAAACAUGUUAAUCCUACCUCAUAAGCACAUAAAUCUUACAACAUGGAGAAAACUAUCCAACUCUGCUAAGGGGAUUUGUAAAGGCCACAAUUCAAAUUUGGCAAUACUUAAUAAUGAUCAACCUCUGUUUUCUACUCAGCAUGCCCAAGAUGUGCAGGUGGCUAGCUCUGGCAUUCAGACUCAGAAUGGACAUUACAUUCUGCCCAGAAAUUCAGUUCAACAGGGCAAAGCUCUCAAGCACCUUUCGUCUCAUAUUGCUACCUCAAGCGCACAGUCAGGCAUUGCACUUACCAAAGAGAAAAAGUCUUCAACAAAUAUAUUCUUGAGCCCUGAAGCAAGCAGGCAUGUUGGAGUCACGUCUAUUGGCUGUGCUGGUGUCAAGAGACUUUCUAAUGAUUUGCAUCAGAUGGCAGCAGUUGCUGUUUCCAAUCCCACCCAUGGAGAUUCUGUAGCAUCUAACUUACUCAUUGAAGACAGUCCUCAGGCCUCUGCCCUGUUGAUUAGGAAAGCAAUUGGACAUUUGAAUAUUGGGACUUGUGAGAAAGUCAACAGUACUCACCCUGCUUUUCAUACAAUGACGGAUGAUUCUGUUGCCUCUUCACCUUCUUCAGCUAUUUCAACAUCAUCAACUCCAAAAUCCACUCAACAGCCAAGCACACAAACUACUACCAACCUUAACAGCCCUCACAGUGGAUCGCAUACAGUUAGCGUAGAAGGACCAGAGAACAUCCAGAGUUCUAUGAAAGCUGAUAUUUCUCUAGAUAGUCAAAAAUCUGCUCAAAAAAUACCAUCAAUGUCUGUAUCCAUAUAUUCCAGUUCAACUGACAUUCUAAAGACAUGCAGAAAUCUAGGUAAAAAUGGCUUGUCUAAUAAUCACAUUUUGUUGGAUAAAUGUCCACCUCCAAGACCACCAACUUCACCUUAUCCUCCCUUGCCUAAAGAGAAGUUGAAUCCACCCACACCUAGUAUUUAUCUAGAAAAUAAGCGAGAUGCUUUUUUCCCUCCGUUACAUCAAUUCUGUACCAACCCAAAAAAUCCUGUUACAGUAAUACGUGGCCUUGCUGGAGCUCUUAAGUUAGAUCUUGGCCUCUUUUCCACCAAAACUUUGGUAGAAGCUAACGAUGAACAUAUGGUAGAAGUAAGAACACAGUUGCUGCAGCCAGCAGAUGAAAACUGGGAUCCCACUGGAACAAAAAAAAUUUGGCGCUGUGAAAAUAAUAGAUCUCAAACUACAAUAGCUAAAUACGCACAGUACCAAGCUUCUUCUUUUCAGGAAUCACUGAGGGAAGAAAAUGAGAAGAGAAUACAGCAUAAAGACGUUUCAGAUACUGAAUCAUCAUUUUCAAACAAUUCUGGAAAAAGAAGGAAAGGACCUUUUAAAACCAUUAAAUUUGGGACCAAGAUUGACCUCUCUGAUAAUAAAAAGUGGAAGAUGCAGUUACAUGAGCUAACUAAACUUCCUGCUUUUGUGCGUGUGGUGUCAGCGGGAAAUCUUUUAAGCCAUGUUGGUCAUACCAUACUGGGCAUGAAUACAGUUCAGCUAUAUAUGAAAGUUCCAGGCAGUCGAACACCAGGUCACCAAGAAAAUAACAAUUUCUGCUCUGUUAAUAUAAAUAUUGGUCCAGGUGAUUGUGAAUGGUUUGUUGUACCUGAAGAUUACUGGGGUGUUCUAAAUGAGUUUUGUGAAAAGAAUAAUUUGAAUUUUCUCAUGAGUUCAUGGUGGCCGAACCUUGAAGAUCUUUAUGAAGCAAACGUUCCUGUUUAUAGAUUUAUUCAGAGGCCUGGAGAUUUAGUAUGGAUUAACGCAGGCACUGUAUACUGGGUUCAGGCUAUUGGCUGGUGUAACAACAUUUCUUGGAAUGUUGGUCCUGUAACAGCCUGCCAGUAUAGAUUGGCUGUGGAAAGGUAUGAGUGGAACAAACUACAAAAUGUGAAGUCAGUAGUACCCAUGGUUCAUCUCUCCUGGAACAUAGCAAGGAAUAUCAAAGUCUCAGAUCCAAAGCUUUUUGAAAUGAUUAAGUAA